GAAAAAUCAAAUGUCCAGUGUUACCCCUAACAUAUCUUGCUCUGGACCAGCUCAGUGACGAUACCAGUUGUAGAGAAUAAAUCAAUAGCGCGAAGAAGGAGAAUGACGCAGUGCUCCUUUUCAUCGCUCCCUGCAGAGACAGUGUGUAGCAUUCUCAAGGCUGUUCUAGACGACAUUGUCCAAGAUGACAUGAUGGUAACUCCCGAACCGGAGCAUCAGCUGCUGGCAGGAGGUCUGACGUUCCCUCACACCAUGGCGUCAGUCUGCAAACGCUGGCGAGAUAUCGUAUCUUCUACCCCUGAGCUGUGGACUCGGAUCUUUUGGAUGAUAGACGUACUAUACGACGAGGGCCGUCAUCCCAUCAAGUCACAACUGGAGAAGUCGGGCAGCUAUCCUGUUCAUCUAACCAUAAUCAACUCGUGGAGUCACAGCCACGGAAUCCGUGUUAUUUUACACCACAUUGAACCGUAUCUUCAACGACUCAAGAGCCUUAGAAUGGCUAACUUCUACGAGGCACACCACCGACCAUACUUGGACACGCUGAUAGGAUAUGCGCCCCAGCUCGAGAGUUUACACUUGACAGACGGGAAACAUGUUCAUCAUUGCACCGACUCAAAAUCACGUUUGAAACUUGACUGUCCCGCUCUCAGAAUCUUUCGCAUCGACAGAAUUGUAGCUUGCAACCUCAAUCACCGGUGGUUGAAGAACAAUUUGACUCAUGUUGAGCUCGUGACCAUUUCAUGCGGACCUGAUAGCCAUGACCAGACAUAUGGCCCGCAGGCGGUGAAGCUUUGUCAAGCGUUGGAGGCAAUUCCACGCCAAAUACCUUGUCUUACCCUCGACAACCUGCGACUCUCGCAUUCAUGUUUGCCAUCCAUACACCAAGCCGGCGUCGGCAUCGGGGCAGAGCAAGUGAUUUUGCGCAUAAGCAUCGACGCUUUGGCUGCCAUCGAUGACGGUUGUCAGACAAUCGUUAUCGAACAAUGUAAUUCUGUCCAUGAUCUUCAAAGUAUAUCGUUACCCUCCUCAUCAAAAUCACUGGUGUUGGACGGGUGCAGUAGCAAAGAACCGCGGCGGGUACCCGAUGCCCGUACGUGGGAUGGCGAUACAGUCACCAUCACGAACAGUCACUCAUCCUGCAUAGAGAUCAUCCUACACCUCCUUGGCGCACCUUUCAAUGAUCAUACUUGUUACCUGUGGCGCCAUGUCACCACUCUCAAGCUUGUAGCCAACGGCGAUUCCGUCCUGGACUUGCCGCUGACUUUACUGAAAGCGAUGAUCGGCAGCAGGAAGGAGGCUACGGGGAAGAAUAGUUUGUCAGGGAAGAAUGACGAGGGUAACGUGGAAUUAGAAAGUGUGCGUCCGCUCAUGGUGUUCCAUGUACAUGGGGGACAACAUCUGUCAUGCAUGGAGAGAGCGUGGUUUAAGGAACGGGUGACUGACUUCGUAUGGGACUACAAGAGGGAGGUGAGGAGUGGUUUGUAUGCAGGGAACCUCAUGUAGUAAGGUUAUUGAUGUUCGUGCUGACGAUCACUAGCAAUACUGCGUGUUCAAUAUCUAUGUCUGUUUCCAGGUUCUCCACU